AUGAUGCAAUCACCAUGUAUAGAUUGGGAUGCUGACUUACCCGAAGAAUAUCUUUCGACAUGGCUUACAUGGACACACUCGCUGAGCAUUAUUGAGGAUUUUAAGGUUCCCCGGAAAUACUUAUCCAUUGGAUUUUCAGAACUUGGGAACAAACAAGUUUUGAUAUUCUCGGAUGCAUCAGAAUUAGCUAUAUCGGCUGUAGCUUACCUACAUGAUAACAGAGACAGCUCCCUAGGAUUCAUCAUAGGAAAAUCUAAAGUUGCUCCAAGGCUAGCUUCUUCUGUGCCACGUUUGGAAUUAUGUGCUGCAGUGUUAGGAGUCGAGAUUGCUUGUAUUAUCCGUGAUCAAUUGGACAUUAGCGCUGAUCAUUUCCAGUUCUUUAUUGACAGUAAGAUAGUAUUAGGAUACAUCCACAACCACACUAAGAGAUUUCUUACUUAUGUGAGUAACAGGAUUCAGCGCAUCCUCAACUUUACCUCAGCAGAUCAUUGGAACUUCAUUGCAACCAAUCAAAAUCCUGCCGAUCACGGUACUAAGCCUACCUCUAACAGAGCUGUCUACGACUCAUGGAUUUGUGGACCUGUAGAAUGGCUACAAUUUCAGGACAUAAACUCAAUUCAAGCUCCAAUGUUUGAACUUGUAGAACCGAACUUGGACAAGGAAAUAAAGCAAGAAGUUCUCAUUAAUAAAGUGCACUCAUCUAGUCCACCAUUUGGUACUCACCAUUUUGAAAAGUUUUCUUCAUGGAGGAAUCUUGUACAUGCUAUCGCCUCAUUGAAGUUAUUGGUCAGGAGAAGGAAACGGCGCAGUGAGAAUGACAAACAGUUAGGUGAUACAGAGGAAGACAAGAUACAUGCUCGCAAGGACGCGGAGGAAUUCAUAAUUCGCUUAAUUCAGAGUGAAAAUUUUGGAAAGGAAAGAGAUGCACUUAAAGAUGGCAAAAUACUCCGUAAGGAUAGUUGCAUUUCUAAACUGGAUCCAUUUUUGAACAAUAAGGAUAUAUUGCAAGUUGGUGGCAGACUGCGACAUUCUGAAUUUGACCUGGGUGAAAGAAAUCCAAUUCUUAUGCCUGGAAAACAUCGUGUUUCAAGACUGUUAGUUGUACAGUAUCAUGAGGAAACACACCACCAAGGUCGCCAUAUAACCGAAGGUGCCAUAAGAAAUGCGGGAUGGUGGAUUACAGGUGCCAAACGUUUGAUAUCCUCCAUAAUACAUAAGUGUGUGAAGUGUAGAAGAGGACGCGGGAAGUUUCUCAACCAGAAAAUGGCUGAUCUUCCACCUGAGCGUUUGAAAUCAUCGCCUCCUUUUACUUAUGUUGGAAUUGAUUGUUUCGGUCCAUGGAAUGUGACAACGAGAAAAACACGUGGCGGCAGCGCAGACUCCAAGAGAUGGGCUGUGCUCUUUACAUGUUUGUGUUCAAGGGCUGUACAUAUAGAAGUGAUUGAACAAAUGAGUACACCGUCAUUUAUUAAUGCCCUAAGACGUUUCUACGCAACCCGUGGUGCUGUAAAAGAAUUCUACUCAGACAGAGGAACGAACUUCAUUGGAGCUGUCCGUGAACUCGGAAUCGGCUCAAUAAAUGUGGAGGAUCCCCCUAUUCAGAACAUGUUAACAGAAAGAAACACUGUGUGGAAGUUUAACACUCCCUACUCUUCACAUAUGGGAGGAACAUGGGAACGCCUCAUAGGAAUCACACGUCGCAUUUUAGAUGCCAUACUACUUGAAGUAAAACACACCAAGCUAACACACGAAGUGCUCUGUACAUUUUUUGCCGAGGUUGUUAAUAUUAUCAACAAUAGACCUCUCGUACCGGUGUCCAGUGAUUCCGAUUUACCAUCCGUACUUACUCCGAAUGUUUUGUUAACACAGAAGAUUGGGGACGUGUCCGAUGCCCCUUUGAACCUUAAUGUGCGCGAUUUAUACACUUCCCAAUGGAAGAUUGUACAAGUCCUUGCUGACAGGUUUUGGGAACGUUGGCGCAAACAGUAUUUACAGUCUCUACAGUCGCGCAACAAAUGGAAGGAGGUCAAACCAAAUAUUCAAGUUGGUGAUGUCGUCAUUCUAAAGGACAAUGAACAGUAUAGAAACUUUUGGCCUCUAAGUCGCGUUACCCGAGUGUUCCCUAGUAGCGAUGACCUAGUUCGCAAAGUGGAAGUUGUCACCUUCGCAGAUGGAAUUAAACAUACUUAUGUCCGACCAAUUACUCAUGUGAUUCCACUAUUUUGA